AUGGAACUGCAGGAUGGAGAUGUUAGCAUCUGGGUGAGAAUCCACCACGAGUUGGGAGGCCUCCGGGAGGGUUGUGGGUUUGCAAACACAGAUUUUUUCAAUCCGGAGCGAGAUUCACGCACUGUGCGAGAUCCAGAACCAAGGGAGAGAGAUUUUUUCAAUCCAGAGCACCAUACAGAGCUGAAGGAAGAAGAUGGUUUCAAUCCAGAGCAGGAAUCGGAGACUCAACGAGACCCAGAGCCAGAGGAGAAAGAUGGUUUCAAUCCAGAGCCCGAUCCGCAGCUGGAGAAGGAAGACGGUUCAAAUCCAGAGAAGGAAUCAGACAUUGAGUCAGACCCGGAGACGGGUGGUUCCGAUUUGGAGCAGGAAUCAGAGACUCGCCGAGACCCAGAGCCCGAGGAGGAAGAUGGUUCACAUCCAGCACCCGAUCAAGAGCCCGAGGAGGAAGAUGGUUCACCUCCAGAACCCGAUCAAGAGCCCGAGGAGGAAGGUGGCUCAAAUCCAGAGACGGAACCAGACCCUGAGCCAGAAGGUUCAAAUUCAGAGCAGGAAUCGGAUACUCAGUGAGACCUAGACCCUGGUGGGAAAAAAAAAACUCUCUCAAAAGGUACGUCCUCAUAGGUGAUUCAUUCUAUAUCCACAGAGUCCACUUAUGACUGCCAUGGGCUGCCCUUAGUGUUUCAACCGCUUAAAACCAUUAAUUCACUCCAAGAGGCCACCGAUGGAGAAGAGCAAUUCCCUCGCUGUUGCCAGGACUGCGUUGUUAACUAGAAGGGAGAUCCCUGUGUAGCACUGUGCAUGAUCAUCGCAGCACCGCGAUUUCUUCAUCCAUCGGGACAUG